UUGCCUCGUCAACAUUUUCAUUUAUAUUUCAUUGUAACUUUUUCAUAGCCGCGGCUUACAUACUAAGUAUCAAAUAAAAAAUAUAUAUUUAAUAAUUUAAACUUUACUCGUUGCACAACGUGCGGGAUUAUAUCAACUAAAACUUUAGUUUUAUUCUAUAUGUUGGAUGAUUUUUUGAAUCACAAACGCUUUUGUGGAUUUAGUUAAUCAAUCAUGCUUGGCUAUGCAAACGCUGGAAUCCCAGAUAAGUCUUGGCAACCACCAGUUGCUAUACUGGAAACAACAAUGGGGACCAUCACAGUUGAAAUGUACUGGAAACAUUCACCUCUCACAUGUCGAAACUUCAUGGAACUAGUAAGAAGAGGUUAUUAUAAUAAUACUAAAUUUCACAGGGUCAUAAGAGAUUUUAUGAUUCAAGGUGGUGAUCAUACAGGAACUGGUAAAGGUGGCCAAUCAAUAUAUGGCCCUCAAUUUGAUGACGAACUAAAUUCUAAUUUAAAGCAUACAGGUGCUGGUAUAUUGUCUAUGGCUAAUGCAGGCCCAAACACAAAUGGAUCACAAUUUUUUAUCACUUUAGCCCCAACACAGUGGCUUGAUGGCCAACACACUAUAUUUGGAAGAGUGCAAAGUGGAAUGGCAGUUGUAAAAAGAAUAGGUUUAGUAGAGUGUGAUAAAAAUGAUUGCCCUGUUGAUGAUAUUAAAAUUGAAAGAUCUUAUAUUCCUAAAUAAAUACACUAAUGAUAAUUACUAAUAA